AUGGCACCAGGCUCGUCAGUGGAAGUGGAUGGAAACCUCACCUCCGUGUCCAAUUUUGUGCUCUUGGGACUUACAGACAAUAAAGAGCUGCAGCGUUUUCUUUUUCCAAUCUUUCUCAUGAUCUACCUGGUGACCCUAACAUGGAACCUGAGCCUGAUCAUCCUAAUCAGGAUGGACUCCCACUUGCACACACCAAUGUACUUCUUUCUUAGUUUCCUGUCCUUCAUAGACAUCUGCUAUUCUACCACUGUCAGCCCAAGGAUGCUUUCAGAUUUCUUGAGAGAUCAGAAAACAAUUUCCUUUACUGCCUGUGCCACUCAGUUCUUUUUUGCGUCUUGGAUGGCUCUGUCUGAGUGUUGCCUCUUGACUGCCAUGGCCUAUGACAGAUAUGUUGCUAUUGGCAACCCUCUGCAGUAUUCUGCCAUCAUGGUUCCAGCUGUCUGUAAGAAGAUGGUUACUGGGGCCUGUGGGAGCGGGUUCCUUAGCAGCUUAGUUCAAACAGUUCCUUGCUUUAAACUUGAUUACUGUGGGCCAAAUCGCAUCGAACAUUUCUUCUGUGACAUACCCCAAAUUUUUUCUUUGUCUUGCUCUGAUACCUUCAUCAUGCAAAUUAUCCUUUUCCUUGUAGCUAUGUGUGUUGGGUUUGGUUCUUUCUUUUGUAUCUUACUAUCCUAUGGUUUUAUUGCAGCUUCCAUCCUGAAAAUAUCAUCUGCCACUGGUAGUCUCAAGGCCUUUAACACCUGUGCCUCCCAUCUGGCAGUUGUGAUACUCUAUUAUGGCACGGGUUUCUCUGUUUACGUGCAGCCUAAUUCUAGCCACCCCAAGAAGCAGGACAAGGUGCUGUCCGUGUUCUAUAUCAACGUCAUUCCUAUGUUAAAUCCUCUUAUCUAUAGUCUGAGGAACAAGGAGAUCAAAGAAGCCCUCAAGAGACUGAUAAAGAGAGCAAAACUUUACCUCUGA